UAUACCCCAGUCUAGUUGGUGGCGGUAAUGCAACAUUUAUUGGAUGCCAACCGCCGUUAAACCUCAUCGAAGAAGAAGAAGACGAAGAACGCUAAGCAGAAUCAGAGAGCGGUUUCAACCAACAUUUAUUUGAUAAAGCGAAAAGCUACUUUCAUAACCAUUGCUAAUAUGUCAAAACUACAGAUGUUGAAUGUGUUUGUCACCGAGCGUUUGUCGGCGGCUGCUGUGGAGAUAUUCGGAGCCGUGGAGAAGACCGUAGCAGAGUAUCAGGAAGAAAUCUGCCGUUCAGCGGAGGAGAACGAGCGUUUACGCAGGCUGUUGGAUUUGGUUAGCAAACCAGAGAUAAAGUUACACAGAGCAGACUUCCAGGUACUGACUCCUGCCGUUCACCCGGAGCAGCAGGACUGUAAGCAGGAGUGGAGCCCCAGUCUGGGGCAGGAGGACCCAGAACCCACACAGAUUAAAGAGGAACAACAGGAGCACAGACUCAGUCUGGAGGACUCACCUCAGCCCUCACAUCUUUACCAAAACCAAACUGUGGAUGACGGAGAGAGGGGUAUUCUACCUAUCAUCAUAACUGAAGAGAUCAAAACAGAACCUGAUGGAGAGGACUACAGAGUAGCAGAACCAACCAGUGAUCUGCCCCUUUCAGUUCAUCCAGACUGCUCUGCUGCAGUGGAGAAACCAUAUCGGUGUCAACAAUGUGACAAAAGCUUCACACGUAAGGGACACUUGACCAUCCAUUCAAAGAUACACACAGGAGAGAAAUCUUAUCUGUGCAAACAAUGUGACAAAAGCUUCAUCCAGAAAGGCGACUUGGACAGACAUACAAGGGUACACACAGGAGAUAAUCCAUACCAGUGCAAACAAUGUGGCAAAAUGUUUAACCAGAAAGGAAGCUUGACCAUCCAUUCAAGGAUACAUACAGGGGAGAAACCUUAUCAGUGCAAAGACUGUGACAAAUCCUUCAACCAGAAGAUGGAAUUGAUAUUGCAUAUGAGAGUUCACACAGGGGAGAGACCAUAUAAUUGUCCUGUAUGCAAGAAAAGUUACAUGGCAUUAAGCUAUUUAAGACUUCAUCAGCGUGUUCACACCGGGGAGAAACCUUACCAGUGCAAAGAAUGUGGCAAAUGCUUUGGUUAUAAAGGGAGCUUGAAGUCUCAUAUGAGCACUCACACAAAAUCUUCAGCCUGAAGUGAGAACAACAAAUGAUUACUCACAUGAAUUUCUUGUUACAUCCAACUUGUAAAUAAUUUGUUAUGUUCUAUUUUCUGAUAAAACAUCAGUCAGUAUCAGAUUCAUAAGCUCAUAUUUGCUCUCACUUUUUUUGGAUACCUACUGGCUCGGACAAUGAGGGAAUUUGACAAUGCUGGCCCGGCUGAAAAGUGAUUGCAUCCUUUUUGAAACCAGGCUGCCUCACAGGCAUGAGCCACUCCUCCCUCACCACUUUUGCCUGGUCACAUGACAGGCCAUAGUCCGGUGCACCGCGGUUCAGCCUAAUCAAACUCCUGCACUGCUGGCUUCAGGAAGACGUCACAGCUGUGUCUGACAGAGCACACACUUGGAUUCCUAAACAACAGGAGUUCAUAUCCAAUUGUUUAACAAGGACAUACAGGAUAUUUGGGCCACUAUCUUCUAUCUGUACUUUUGUCUGCAUGUUAGAAUAUUGAAGUAGCCUAUGUCUUUGUUGACUAUAUAAUGCAGCAAAUAUCUUGUAUGUUUAAUUUUUUUUGCUGGGGGGUAGAUCUGCUUUAAUAUUGCAGACAGAUUGUGGCUUUCAAUGUAAUUGUCUGCAUAAUUUCCAAUCCCCCAUAAAUGUUUGUGUUCAUAUAUAUAUAUAUAUAUAUAUAUAUACAGUGCCUUGCGAAAGUAUUCGGCCCCCUUGAACUUUGCGACCUUUUGCCACAUUUCAGGCUUCAAACAUAAAGAUAUAAAACUGUAUUUUUUUGUGAAGAAUCAACAACAAGUGGGACACAAUCAUGAAGUGGAACGACAUUUAUUGGAUAUUUCAAACUUUUUUAACAAAUCACAAACUGAAAAAUUGGGCGUGCAAAAUUAUUCAGCCCCCUUAAGUUAAUACUUUGUAGCGCCAGCUUUUGCUGUGAUUACAGCUGUAAGUCGCUUGGGGUAUGUCUCUAUCAGUUUUGCACAUCGAGAGACUGACAUUUUUUCCCAUUCCUCCUUGCAAAACAGCUCGAGCUCAGUGAGGUUGGAUGGAGAGCAUUUGUGAACAGCAGUUUUCAGU